AAACAUUCUUUAUUAGACUUCUGCAAUGCAAGUUUAAUAUUAAACAGAAUGUUUUAUUAACUUUAAUUAUUUUCAUGCAUUUUAAAGCAUCUGAUUUGUGUUAAUUAAAUAAAUUUGAAAAAAUAAAUUAUGAAUUUUUUAUAUUUUAAAAUGUGAGGGGAAAUUCCUCAUUAAAAAAGGGGGAAUAAAUCUUGUGCAAAGCCAAGGCCAAGGACAAGAAAGCGAAAGAAGAAAUUAUACCACAGGUGAGAAACGGUUAUUUAGAUGGGGGAGUGAAAUUCUGUUAUUAUUAAGUAAUUAAUUAGUUUUAAAUAUUAUUUUUUUAAUUCCAAAGUACCAGACCCGGGUCUAAAUAAACAAUAGCCGUUACGCAUACUGACAAAAUGCUAUUGGGAUGUCAUUUCUGGUAGUUUAUUUUAAUUUAACUGAAGAAGUAAGUUUACAAACAUGACUAGUAGUACUAUUAUAAUAUUAAUUAUUAUUAUACCAGCUUUAACUUAAUGAUUAUGACACACACAAAUGCAACGGAUUGGCCAAUGCCUUCUCAUCAGUUGUCAGUCAGUACAAACAAACUAAAAGCGUGACAUAAUUAAUAAUUAAUAAUAUUAUUAUUAUAUAAUUAUAUAUUAAUAUAUUGUCAUGUAUUAGGAUAUUUAUAUCCUACCUAAAAUAAAGGAUAAUAAUGGGCACAGGGGCCAUCCAUAAAUGCUGUCACGUGCCGGGGGGGAGGGGAGGGGGGUCAAAUUUUUGUGAGGAUGUGUGACGAGGGGGGGGGGCUCAAGCAAUGUGACGUCACAUGAAAAGAAUAUGUAGUAAAGAAUUGCACUCAAUGACACUAAAUUACAGACAUUUUUAACAUUAUUUUUAUACAAUUAUAAUUAUUUUAUUUUUAAACUACUAUCACUGAGAGAAUCAGUACAGACAGGGCCGGCGCUAGGGGAUGGCGAAGUGGGCGACUGCACGUUGCCGUAGUAUAUUUAUCAUAUACAUCAGCCUGCCAAUAGUUCCUAAUCCAGUCAACACAAUAUUCAGAGUUAUUAGAUAGUCAAAUGGUGAAGAUCAGUCUGGCUACCGUUAUGACGCGUCCCAUUACCCAUUAAGACCAGCAAGGCCUGAGUACGACUAUGUCUUAAUAUCCUAUCGGCGGAAUAUAUAACGUCAACGGCCUCGCAAAAGUAAAUUUGCCCAAGGCCCAGCAUCCUGAUCGCAUCGGCCCUGAGUACAGGUAUGUGCAGUCCCAAGAAUGGCCUCUGAUCAAGUUACAGGACGCCAAGGAGGAGGGGAAUCAGAGUGUAGUUACAAUGAGAGUCGUGAGAAUUAAUGACUCAAUGUGGACACAGGAAGUGGGAUGGAGCGGGAAAAAAAGGUUGACUACGGGGUGGGGUUUAUCUUAGUAAACGCUCUGGGGAAGGGAUCCUUAACCCUUUUUGCAGCGUUGCUGGCCCACUCCGUUUAAAACAUCCCUCCCCAACCGUAUAAAUUAUAUUGUCAUAAAAUUUAAAAUAAUUAAUUAAUUUAGCUAUCGUAGUUUUAUUUCUUUAAAUAACUUUUUAUAAGCGGGAAAAAAUUACCAAUACACGCAAUGCGCCAAUGAAAUUUAGCAUUGACUGCUGCUCAUCAAAAUCCAUAAAAACUUGCUUAAUUAAAAAAAAAUAUAUUUUUUUUCUAAGCAGCAACAACUAGCAAUGGCAGCAAAUACAAUCAGUGGCGUAGCUAGGGUUGGUGUCACCUGGUCCGGUAAGCUCGUGGUUUCACCCAAUCACCGCCCUUUUCACAAUGUAUUUCUUCUUGUUAAACUUUGUCCACAGAACAAGAAAUACAAGAACAAAAACAAAUUAAAUGAAGCUAAGGAGGUAAAUGUAUUUCAGAACUGUAACUUAUACUUAGAAUCGCCAAUUGUUAUCAAAGGAUAGUUGUAUUUCUUAGAAUUUAGAUAAAAAUAGCUUCCUGAAACUUACAAAAAUAAUUACGUUAUUUUUCAAUUUGGUGUCACCCUGAGAUGGUGUGGACCUGUGCGGUCUGCACCCCCCUAGCUAGGCCACUGAAUACAAAUGUUUGGUCUUCCACACCUCAAGGCUGGCAAGGUACUUGUACCCCUGGUUAAGUACCACUGAUCUAGUGAAAUGUUUCUGUCACUGGUGCAGCAAUUUGAUAUCCAUGGGAGGCCAGUUUCUUAAGGGUUGGUAAAGGACAGCAGUGGACGCAGGACUUUUUAUAAGGUGGGGGAUGCAGAGAUUUGUGACGUUAUAUUUAAGGGGGGUCUAACUUUUUGUGAUGAUUUGUGACAAUGGGGGGAGGUGGGGGAUUUGUGACAAUGGGGGGAGGUGGGGGGGGGGGUAAAAAAUCGGCAAAAUUUGCGUGACGUCAUUUAUGGAUGACCCCCCACAAGUGUCCAAUACUUAAAACUUAAACAAAUGUUUUUGUUGUGCCAAUAAAUGCAUUAGCUGAACUUGAACUGUUUGCAUUUGUUUUCUGUGUAAUAAUUAAGUUAAUGUCAUUAGUUCAUUACCGUCUCUAUUAACAAGUUAAUAAGAAAAUACAUUUGAUAUAUCAUUGUUGUGUGCUUUUAUUUCAGUUACAUCAACAGGCAAACUUUAUCUAUUAGAUGAGAGAGUGCUUUCAGAAGCUUUGUUUCUCAACAUAUAAUUUUAAUGUUAUAGCAGAAUUCAACAACUUCAAAGUAAGAAUAACUUUUACAUUUUAUGCCUUGAGCAUAAUUAACAAUAAAAAUCAACUUAGCUAAAUUACUUUUUUAAAUGUUCCUUUUUUUCUUCUUUUGAACUCUCAACAUUUUGUUCGGCAUAUUUAAUAUUCUAUCAUAGUAUUCUUAGUCGUUACAUUCUGUUUUCUCUCUAAAUUAUUGUUAUUAUUAUUAUUAACUUUCAGGAUGCCAUUUAUGAAAGGAGCAGCUCCUAUUAGGCGAACAUUGAACUAUUUAGAGAAGGGAAAACUAGUUUUGAAAGACAGUGUAAAAAUUGUGUCCUUUAACUAUAAUACAAAUCAUCCACCUAGUGAGGGAGCGGAGUAAGUAUUGGACUUGAUUAAGAUGAUUAAGUUCUGCUUGUGAUCUCUUUGUAUAUUCUUUCCAUAAGUCAAGCUUAGCCUUAAGUUCUUUUUCUGCCUCCUAAUUAAUAUAACUACCUUGAGGGCCCUUCAUGAAGGGACAGUCAGCAUUGGUGGCAGAACAAUCACCAACCUGCAAUUUGCGGACGACAUAGACUUGCUGGCUGGGAACGAAGAAGAGCUAGCCGACCUGGUAAAGCGUCUCGAUAAGACCUCGUCGUCCUACGGCAUGCUAAUCAGUGCCGAAAAGACAAAACUGAUGACAAAGAAUACCGCAGGCAUCACCACUGAAAUUAAGGUUGGGGAGGAAAGAUUAGAGACUGUCGGACGCUUCAAAUACCUAGGAGCAAUAGUCUCAGAAGAGGGCUCCAAGCCCGAACUGAUGUCCAGGAUUGCGCAGACUACAACAGUACUAAAAAAGCUCAAGAAAAUAUGGAAUGACAAAAAUAUAGCCCCCAGCACCAAAAUCAGGCUGAUGGGCUCAUUAGUCCUCUCCAUUUUCCUGUAUGCCUGCGAAUCCUGGACAUUAACAGCUGAUCUUGAAAGGAAAAUAAAGGCGAUGGAGAUGAGAUGCUUCAGAAGCAUUUUUGGCAUCUGCUCUAGGGACCAUAUCUCCAAUGAUACAGUGAAAGAAAGGGUUCGUCAGGCAAUUGGGGAGUACGAUGACCUACUGGUGACUGUGAAAAAACGCACAUUACAAUGGUACGGCCACGUAACAAGGAAACAAGGGCUUGCCAAAGAAAUAUUGAAGGGCACCACAAGAGGAGGGAGAAGAAGAGGAAGACAAAGAAAAAGGUGGGAGGAUAACAUCAAAGAGUGGACAGGACUAACACUAACACUGGACGAUGCAGUGCGUAGUGCUGAAGACAGAGAGGAAUGGGGGGGGGGUUCACAUGUCAUCUGUGGCGCCCCAACGGUCCAAGGACUAAGGGACAUGAGGAUGAGGGCCCUACUUAUACAGAGCUCUAAAAGUCCAUAUGACUAACACUAACACUGGACGAUGCAGUGCGUAGUGCUGAAGACAGAGAGGAAUGGGGGGGGGGGGUUCACAUGUCAUCUGUGGCGCCCCAACGGUCCAAGGACUAAGGGACAUGAGGAUGAGGGCCCUACUUAUACAGAGCUCUAAAAGUCCAUAUGACUCACUAUGAUAUGAAGCAUACACAACUAUUUGGUUUUAAAAUGCUAUUUGUUUUUAAUGCACAGCAUUAAGUUUUUGCUAAGACAUUUUUAUACCCAAUUAAUUUUUUGGUCAUUUUCAUUCAGGAACUUUGUGUUUUGGCAUUUUGCACAAAUGCAGUACAAGAACCCAAGUGUUCAAAUGCUUGUUUUCAAUGACAUGACACCUUCCCCUUUUGUACAGGUUUUUUUCAGUAAGUUUUCUAAUUCAUUCUUAACAUUUAAAACCGCUUCCAUGCUAUGACAAUUAAAUAUUAGUCAAUUCAGUGUAGAGUCUUUUAAGAUUUUAGCUAGUGAACAAAUAAAUAAGUGUUUGAUUAAUAAUUAAUAUCAUGUUUUUGGGGCCUUCCUACAGGAUACUUUAUACGUCCCCUUUAUAAAGCCCAGAUUUAUAGUAAAGCAAUCUGCAUUGAAAUAUAGAUUAAAUGCAUAUUUUCUUUACUUUCCUUCUUUUUUAGAUUCAGGAACAAAAUUAGUCCUGGAUGUUGACAGUCAAGACAAGGACAGAAUUUUUAAAGAAGUGAGAAGAAUAUUCUGCAAAUCGGAGUAAGUUCCAUAUCAUUCAUCCACCAUCACUUGUGUGAUGUCUGGUACUGUAGAUGAUGUCUGGUAAUGCAGAAGUUAAAAGAAUUCCUUUGAUUUUCUCAAAUUAUUUUUUAUACGGUACCAGUACAUUUCAGUUUUUUAGGUUGUUCACAACAUUAAAUAAAAUAAUUCUUGCUGACAUUUUUAAAAAAGGUUUCUUUUAAAUUUGUUUCCCUUAAGCAUACAGGAAGUUUAUUUUAAUUUUUAAAAAAGAUUAACUCGAACAAAAGUUAUGGCUGGUUAAUUCUGUGAUAACUCAAUUAUAAUUGUUUAAAAGCACGGAACCAUUUAACAUUGACAGUGUUGAUAUGGCCUAAGUGCUCAUUAUUUAUAGCUUCUUUUUACUUUAACUGUGUGUGUGUCGCAACAAAGGUGCACAUAUGUCUUAAGAAUUUCAUGUGAAAGUUAAAAUGCCACUAAAUUUUAGUGGCAAUUUACCUACCUAGAAUGAGAUAAACAUCGAACCUAAAUGGUUUAGAAUAAUAAGGGGCAUUGGGGCUACUCCUCUGAAACAAUAACUAUUUUAACAGAAAUUCUUAAUGGUGUUAACAGAUUAAUACUAAAAUAGUUUACUGUACAUUAAAGCAAAAAAUGUUGAAAACUUGACAUUUUAAAGAAUUAUAUUUUUAGGACAAUGACCUUUUGAUUAAAAAAAAAAUAAAUGUUAAUUAAAGUUACCAUGCUUUUUUUUCUCAUGGAAGAAUUUUGGUGUUAUGGUUUUGCAUAUGGUUAAAGAAGGAAGUGAGCAGUUUCUUAAAUGUUAAAUUCUUUAAUUUCAGUGAAACCCUGGCAGCUGAAGCCCUAGCUAAAGAAAAGAAAACCAAUCCAGCCAGUUUUGGGUACAUGUGCACACAUGAAUGUAUUUGUGAAAUUCCUGGCCAAAUACCUUGCACAAAAUGGUGUACACCUCCAAAAGAACAAAGAGGAAAAUUCAAAUUUUUAGGAAAAGAUGUUGAGCCUGAAUAGUUAUUUAAGUUGGUUCUAUAACAUUGUCAUUACAAGAUUUGAUUGACACUCAGAUUGUAUCUGCAUAGGUGAAAGUAGAUAUAUAAAAGAUGGGCUACACAACAUGAGCAGAUUAAAACAUAAUUUUAUACC